UGUAAAUAAAAUUUUUAUCGCUUUUAAAUUUGUAUAUAAAUUUGCAAAUUUUAAAACAGUUUUAUUUAAUUUUGAAAUUAAUGUCUUGGAACUCAUAAUUAAAUAAAUAGUGUGAAAACCAAAUAAAUCAAUCGCGGAAGCUAUAAUACACUUAGCAGAUGCAUUUUUUAUAGCAUAAAAAGGUUUAAAAAGCUCUUAAUCUUUAUUUUGUUUGGCUAAUUUCGUGAAGAUACCUACUCAAAUAAAAAAGUUUUCCAUAUAAGAACUUGAGUUUGAUCGGUCAGUUUGAACGGCAACUAUACUCGUUGUUGUUGUAGCGGUUAUCUAAUCACCGAUUGGCUAACAUGUUUAGGUUAAUUUUCUUCGAAUUCAUCUAACGGUAGAACCAAGAAACCUGCUGUUUGUUGUUGUUGUAGCGGCAAAAACACUCUGGAAGUAAUUUCGAAUUUCGUCUGCAAUGGAUGUUGGUUUGACCCCAAGAACGCCGUUCACUGAGAGGAUGUCUGAAGUUUAUUGCGUCCGAAGUCUGGUCGGUAUACUGUUUAAUGUCGUCGACAAAGUCAAGGAAGGAUCUCUUGAUUUUACUGGUAGGCGAUUCCGCUUCAAGCAGACGACUACAGGGGUGGUUUCUGCGAAAACAUCCCAGCAGAAACUGCUUGGAGAAGAGCUCGUUGUGUUCCUUAACCUGAAGCGGGCCUUCCUUUUUAUCAAAAGUUACACCUAAACUCUUAGGGUUAUUGACCAUCCGAAUUAUAAUGUCAUCGACGGUAAGGUUCAGAUUCAGUCUGUGUUUUUUCGUCCAGUUAGUGAAUAUAGUUGCUGUGGAUUUUGAGGGAAAGAGUGUUAAGUUCCUUGCAGAGAAAAAGCGAGAAAGGUCGGAGAGGGAGCCGUUUACUUUUGAGCACAUGCCAUCGAUUCCACUGCCCGACGUCAAUAUCGUGCAGUCAUCAGCGUACGAGAUGAUAGAAAUUCUCGGAGGAGAACGGGGAGAAUACACAACCUUGCGGAAGCCCCUGUUUAAUUCUACUUAUCUUAGAUGUUUGACCUCGAAAUAGUACGGAUGAUUGCCGACCGCUCUGGUUUUUCAUAAUCCACCGCUUCCUGGAGGAAGCGUGGAUUGUUCGAUGUCCUCAAGUAGCGUUGUGUGUUUGAUUGUGUCCAAAGCUUUUGAAAGUCCAGCGCUACGAGAAUCGUCUUUUCACAGGGUGCCUUCUGGUUUAGGACAGACAUAAGUUAAGUAGCUAAAUCGACUCAGCUCGUCACGCUGAUCACUUAUUUACAUAUUAUAUAGGGUCUCCAACAUUUCAUUUUGGUUCUGCUCAUGGUAUAAAUAUUAAACAAAUAAUCAAAAUUAUCACUAUAGCACUCAUAUACCAUGCUUCCCAAGGAAAGUCAGCUGAUUAAUGUAAACAAAACAACUUGAUUUUUGUUUAUGCUCGUUUAAGCGUACAAUAGGAAACGGAGAAGAAAAGUAUUGUGCUGACAGAAUUUUUUGCCGACGGCUAUAUAUUGGAACCACAAAAAUGUUUCUUCUUUUCAUAUUUUGCUAAUAUUUUAAAAAUUAAUAUAUAAACAAUAUAACAUAGUUAAAACAAUAAAAAAAAUUAUAAUACUUGAUAAAUACCGCGGAAUUCAACGGCGCCAAUUGAAAACUACGCUAGCGCAAUACUCUGCGCGCACGUCUGCUUGCUUAUGGGAAUCCCAAAUUAAUUGUACACAUUUUGUUUUUUUGAUAGCUUGUGUAUCCAUUUAUAUACUAUAUCCACAAAACAACUUACAAUAACAUAUCCAGGCAUAUCUAGUCAAUAAAUAUUUAAACCAAUAAAGACAAUCAGCAAGAGCAUAAAAACACCAAAAGAAUAUAUUUAAAUUUCAUUUAUGGAUCUAGUUGGGAUAACAAAUGCAAAUCAGUGCAACCAAGAGCAGCAAACUGUUAGCACAGCCGAAGAUUACAAUGAUAAUUCGUCAGAAUUGUAUUACUCCGAAGAAUCAGAAGAUGAUGAUCCAACGGGAUUUGGGCUAUAUGGUAAAAUCACAACCGCACAACUCAGAGAGGCUUUAGAGGAAUCAACAGCUAUUGCUAAAGAUGCAGUUCAACCAAACAAACUUGAAAUAUUUUUGCAUCAAAACUAUGGAGAUCAUAUAGUCAAUCUGGAGUCUACGGAAACAAUUGAAACAUCCGGCUUUCCAUAUAUUAUAAUGUUUCACAGUUUUAAUGAACAUGCCUCCGAAUUACGUUGCUACACUGAUAUGCUUUAUAAAUCCGCACUGCAAUACGGAGAUGACAUAUGCUUCGCCAUAACAGAUUUUGAUAAUUAUGAAGCCGUGCUAAAUUAUCGGCCACGCGCUGAAACCUACUGGAAGCGUUGUAAGAAGCUUGGCUUUAGUAAGUAUCGACGGCCGGAUAUUUACGCAGUAGACACAGAUAAUCACAUUUACCAAUUCGUGGGACAGCUGAAUGCCGAUAACUUAAAGCAAUUUAGUCAUCAACUAAUGAAUGAUGAGUUAUAUAAAAGUGAAACAAUACCAAAGGACGACGAAGAGGGAUUUGUGCGUAUUGGGGUAGCAAGCAAUUUUGAGCAGUUGGUCCUUAAAAGUGAUAUUGAUAUUUUCCUAGUUCUAUAUAGUAGUAAAUGCCCAUGUUCGCGAGAAUUAAUGCCAAUUCUGGAGGAAGUCGGGAAGCUUUUACAAGAUGAAGAUAUAAUAGUAGUGAAAAUUAAUGCAGAAACAAAUUAUUUACCAUUAAAAUAUUAUGCUUGGUAUUAUCCAACAAUACUCUACAUAAGACGAGACGAUAAGAAUAAUUUAAUAGAAUAUAGUGCAGCGACGCGUUCUGUCACGGACAUUAUUAACUUUAUAGCCAGACAUGCUACAGAUGAUUUACUGGAAUAUAACAGAAGCGGUAGACAUAGAUUCGAUUAAUAUUUUAUUAUUUUACAUUCUUAUUGGUUAGUAUGCUGAUUUUUGAUACUAGCCGGAAAUCGCGCAUAAUUUAUUUAUUGUGCGACAUAAUAAAUGAAACAGCUGAUGUUGAAAGAAGAAAUCAAAAGCAAGUUAAAAGUUAUAAGUGAAAAAAACUGAAAAAGCAGUGUAUACGGCCGACUUCGGCAAAAUGUAAAUUUCGUACCUAAAUAAAUAUGUAUAAAUUCGAAAUACGUAAUAAAAUCGCCAUAUAUCUCGAUCAUCGAGAAUUAAUUAAUAGUAUAUAUAACGACGAUACUAAAGAAGUAGCAGAGGUUUGGGAAUUGCGAGAGGAGCUUUUCCAUUUUCAUGAACGUGUAAAAGAUGCUGAGGACCGGUGCAGUGCAACGAAGGAACCAAAGACUGAAGUGAAGGAUGUCCAACUGGCAGGCGAACAAAUUAAUCCGAGGAAACGACGAAAAUCAAAAUACAUAAAUGCAAUCCCAGCGCUGACACAUUUAAAAACAUUGGCAGAGGAGACUUUGCAGCGCCUGAAGCAAUGUGUGCAAUUCGAAACACGUACGGAUAAUAGUUUUCCACGCUAUUGGGAAGAAAUUACUAUCGAAGAUUUUCCCACCUUUAACGGUGUUAAUAAAAACGCCACAUUUCAACGUUGUCAGUUUGGCGCGCUUUCUUACCUCAUACCACCGCAUUGUGAAUUUUUCAAUUGUAAUGUCGAAGAGUUAACAAAGUUACUACCACAACUAACGCCCAACUCAGUUGGCUACGAUUUAAUUGUGUUGGACCCACCUUGGCGAAAUAAAUACAUACGCCGCCUAAAACGUGCGCGACGAGAACUUGCUUAUAAAAUGCUUAGUACCGAGCAGCUAAGUCAAAUUCCUAUGUUGCAGCUAGUGCAUAAACGUAGCAUAGUGGCCAUAUGGUGUACAAAUUCCAGAGAUCUUCAGCGUGUUGUUGUAGAGGAUUUGUUGCCGAAAUGGAACUUGCGUUUACUACAUACAUUACACUGGUUGAAAAUUAACACUAAUGGCAAGCUAAUUGGACCCAUCGAUACAAGUGGUUUGCAGAAGCAACCCUUUGAAAUGUUAUACAUAGCAUGUCACUUGGAAACUGAACCAGAUUACGGCGCAGAUUUGCAAAAUGUAACGACGAUUUUAAGCGUGCCCAGUAUUAUACACUCACACAAGCCGCCUCUUAUACCUUGGCUAAAAGAAGUGCUUCCCGAAAAUCCCAAAUGCUUAGAGAUAUUUGCGCGUUAUUUGCAGCCCCAAUUCACAUGUAUAGGAUUAGAAGUUUUGAAACUGAUGGAUGAACGUUUAUACACUAAGCGCAAAAAUAAUGAUGCGAAUUAAAUUAAAUCAUCAAAUUUAAGUUCUUUUUCAAUUUAUUGUUAAAUGUUAAUGAAAAAGUGUAAAUUACAUAUAUGAAGGCGACGCUUAUCUUGCACAUCGUCAAAAGCGUUUGCGAUAUAGUUCAAUAGCAUACGGUAAAAUUUUAGGUUUUACUUUGUAUCAUUCACUUUUAAGAAAACUCAAAAACAAAUUUUAUAAGAAUGAAUAAAGAGAUGUUGUGUUUAACAAAAAACACAGUGCAAAUAAAAA